UCCCCCCGGUCACAUUGCAAUGUACGUCUCUAAUUGGCUUGUGCAAAUAUAUGAGUUUUUAGACCUACGUCUUCUUGAUGUUGUAACUUGUUAUAAUGUGGAGCGAUAGGGAUUUUUUUCCCCCGUCAUCAUCACCCCAUGUAUACUGUACUGUACUUUGUUUGGGAUUAAUAAAAUAAGUCUACGUUUAUUUAUGCCCACAAUGCAAACACAAUGCCCCCAGAGGGUUAAGGUGGACCUUAACCCCUGGUGGCAUUGUGUUUGAUUUGUACAUGUGUAUGCUUGUAAUAGGCCUAAUGUACCUUGUAUUAGUUAUUGUUCAAUUCGGCCAACUUCUCCACAGCUCCUGGUACAUAGGUUUAGAAAUGUGUUGCUUUGGUUGCACUUUUAUUACAUAUUGUCUUUCUCUUGGUUCAUAGUUUCUCAAGGUAUGUUUCACAGUCCUUAAUACAUUCCCCCUGUGUCAGAUGUGUUUUUUGUAUUUUAUUCAUGUUUCCUGUUCCGAAUGGACAAUCUGUGAUGAUUGUUACAUGAAUUUCCCCCUCUUCAUAUGGUUAUAUGAAGCAGUGUUCAACCACCUGUUUUGUCAAAUAAAGAGUUUGAUGCCUAUCUGUUUAAUUUAUUGUAUUUUGUUGUUGUUCAAAAUGCCCCCUCCAUGAAUACGAAACCAUGCCAAUGUUAGGAUAUAUAACUAUUAACCUAAUUCUCCAUGAAGUUCUCUUUUGAAAACACAGCAUGAUGUCUGUUUGGUUUUUACACUUAUUCACGUGCAUGUUAUGAGAAACCAUAGUCUGAUUAUUUAGCCUAUCAAUAACAAAGAACCUGUUUAGGCCUAAGCAUCUAAACCGUCUCUGAAGCAACAGCUUUGACGUCAUGUUUCAGGAAAGCAGUGGAAAAGCCUGCCCACAAAGAACUUGUUCUGCCUGCCCAUUAUCUGUGUCUAUGUGCCUGCCCCCCUACAAACCGGAAGUUGUGAUCCAAGGGGGCGUUACAAAUCUCAGGGCCCUUGUACUUAAUGUUCUGUCUACCUGCAAGUCUUCAGUUUCAAAACGGACGACCGAGGACUGCUGGAGAAGACGAACAGCUAGAACUAAGAGAAAAACGGUGUGGAGUAGGACAUCUUUCUCCGUCAUACAUCAUGUCUCUUGACGAGCUGAUGGAUAAAGCGAAACAGCUUACAGAGGAGUUGGAUCCAGAAGGCGACACCACCAAACAACCUGCGAAGAGGAAGAAGUCCGGCGACUCUUCUGUGGUGUGGCGGAAACGGGACCUGAGAGGGCAGCUGGUUUCUCAGCGCCCAGGCCAAGGAACGUCGCAUAAACCUAUACAGAAAAGAAGGGCCGCUCAGACUACAGGAGCUAUUCAUGAAGAACCAGGACCAUCAGAUGUCCCCAAUCUUGAUGAGCUCCUGGCUUCGCUACAAGAGGAUCCUUCCAGCCAGUCUGACAAAGACACCCUCACCUGGGCAGAGCGCCAGGCCCAGAGUGAAGACAGAUGGGGAAACCUGCGCCCCAGUCUCGUGAAUAUGGUGGUCGAGGCAGCCUCAAUGGAGUAUGGCCUCUGUCAGCGUUGCACCACCAAAGAAGCAGUCGUCAAAUGCAGACAGUGCCAGCGCGCUGUAUGUGGGCAGUGCGACCGAAUUGUCCACGAGGGUCUGCUGCACGACCGCGAGGCCAUAUUUGGGCCAUAUUGCCACCCGCUGUCGCCUGACAUGGUGGUAGACAACAUCUUGGGCUGCCACAGCAUAGUAAAGGAAGUUUGUUUGCUUCCUGUGCUGGUGAAGCCACGGUGUCCUUGUGCGCGGGCGGAGGUGAUCCGGCAUCCAAGUAAAAAGGAAGUCAUCCUUAUUGGAAUGAACGGACGAUACCAGUUGCAGAUGCCCACUUAUUCCUGUAGUCUCUGCGACCAGUCCUGGGAGGUGACCGUAGACGACCUUAUAAUGUCAUCUUACUGGCCUGGUUCCGUGGCUUGCCAGACCAUUUUUGAUGUGGACCUGUUUAGGUCAUAUCGGAGCCUGAAGUUGUUGGCGCCAGGAUUGUCACGCCAAGCAUUCUUGGGGAUGUUGGAUGACCGUACGAAGACCUACGGUCGAGCUGGGAAAAUAUCUGGGGACACCUUCCAGAAGUCCUUUGUGGAGUGGUGUGUGGCCCAGGAAACGGUGAGGGAAGACCUUGGCAUCUCCUCAUUCACAUGUACAGCCUGUACACCUGUGAUGCAUGCCAUAGCUGUCGACGGCAACAGGAAGUUAUACCGCUUCAGCAAAUCCACUGGUCCCACAAAGGCACUCUUCAUGGGGAAGUUCCUGGCCAUGGAUGAAGAUGUGGCUGACUUUGUUGAAGAAGUGCAGUCAACCGGCAGAUAUACUCCCGGCAAGGCCUACUGUGGAUCGGCGCAGUUCACGGCGGCACGGGAAAGGGCUUCAAAAAACCCUAAGCAGGAUGAAGAGGGAGUUGAAGUGGCCGUAUGUCGGCAUGGUGUCCUUCUCCGUGGCUUGAACAUGUUUAGGGGCGAAGUAUAUGCGUACCCGAUGUUUCUGCAGAAGGACUUGGCCUCUUCAAAUCCAACCUUUUUCUGCAGCGACGUCAUGUGCAGAUAUUGGCCCUACCUGGAGAGCGUUUCCAAUAGCCUCCCUGCCUUGAAGCCCUUACUUGACAUGAAGCCUCUGUUAUCUGUGAUGCAUGCUAGAGCGCAUGACGGUCCAUGUGAGUUGAAAUGGAGCGGACGGAACCAGUUGGGAGCGGGCAACACAAUUGGAGAAGAAGUUGAACAGGUCAACAGCUUCCUGUCCAGGGCUGGCCUCAGCACCAAAUACAUGGGAAAGAGUGCAAGAGUUGACAGCUUGUCCAUUCUGGCAAUUGAGUGGAACAAGCGAAAAUUUCACCAAAUGGAGUCAAUGUUGGCCAGAAGAUAUGCCAAGAAUAUGAAGCGACUGGACUCAGAGGAGAGCACCCUACAGGAAAUGAAGAAGGCUCACAGUUUGACUCCAGCUCUUCAGGAGCAGUGGGUGUCGGAGGUACAGCAAGCAUGUCAAGUGCCAAAACGUUCCAAUGAUGCCCAAAAAAAAAUUGAAGCGCUCUACGUCUGCAUCAAGAACAGGAAGCAUUACCUGUAUCGGACGGAAGACAGCAACAAGAGACGGCAUGCUGUCAGACGCAAAAUUAGAGAAGAGACCGAAGAAUUGUCCAAAGCCCUGGAUGAUGUGAGACAUCUCUUCAUCCUACCUUCCACUGAGGACCUAUUGCAGCAGGACAACUUUUGGUGGCCAUGGAGUCCCUUGGGGGUGCCACAUCUGCAAGCCAAAAGAGCAGUCCAUGACCAGGUGAUGCUGGUAUGCCGCCUAACCGAGGAGUCUUCCAUUUUGAAGGAUGAAAUGACCCGGCAUGUCCAGAGCAUCAAAGAUAUGCACAAAACUGUCUCAGAUUCUCUUUCGGUCACAGAACACGGAGGUAAAGCUGCUCUCCUGCAGAAAAGGCUGGAAUUCCUCAAUAAGAAACUUCUCAAGACCAAAGAGCUCUUCACUAACGUCCUGAAGGGAGAACUCCCGGAGGAGGAGGAGGAGGAGGAGGAGGUGGAUGAAGAGCAGGUGGAAGAGUACGAGGACUCUGAGGAAGAGGACGAAGAUGUUUUAUUCACCUGUGGACCACAGACUGACGUCUGACACAGCCACAUAACGCAAGUAAAGAUUUGUCCAUUGGCAGCUGAUAUGUCAACACCAUGGAGACCCCAAGACCAGCAGAUCACUUCUACCAGUCUCUCUCUCUCUCUCUCUCUCUCUCUCUCUCUCUCUCUCUCUCUCUCUCUCUCUCUCUCUCUCUCUCUCUCUCUCUCUCUCUCUCUCUCUCUCUCUCUCUCUCUCUCUCUCUCUCUCUCUCUCUCUCUCUCUCUUGUGUGUGUGUGUGUAAGCAAUAAA